CGGAGCACAUGAGGAACACCGGAAGUCUCAAACGGUCAAACAUUCAAACUAUCUCGUCCGCAUCCUUCUCUGAAACUGCAUUCUGCAGCUCCUCCGCUCGUCCCGGCCGGCCGCCACUUGCUGCAGUCGUAUUUUCGUCUCUACAUCCCAUCACAUAGAAGUCUCUUUUUCUGUCUGGCUUCCUCGCAUCCUCACUAUCGCACACUCGUAUCGCACAGUGCGUUGCCCUAAGCGGAUCCUGAAUGGCUGAAGAAAUGGACAGUCAAGAAGACUCUGUUUUCACACAGUUAACGGAAGAUGUUGCUGCCAACCCGGAUGAUCCUUCCCUCCAUUUUAAUCUUGGUUUGUUCUUGUGGGAGGGGAUUGGGUCAGAAUCUAAGGAAAAGGCAGCAGAGCAUUUUGUGAUUGCAGCAAAGCUAAACCCACAAGAUGCAAAUGCUUUUAGGUAUUUGGGUCAUUAUUAUAGCAAAGUUUCAGUUGAUACUCAGAGAGCUCUCAAGUGUUAUCAGAGAGCUCUCACUCUUGAUCCUCAAGAUUCUGAAUCUGGGGAAUCAAUGUGUGAUUUGUUGGACAAAGAAGGAAAAGAGAGCUUGGAGGUUGCUGUCUGCCGUGAAGCUGCAGGGAAGUCGCCAAGGGCAUUUUGGGCAUUUCGUAGACUAGGUUUUCUACAGGUCCAUCAGAAGAAAUGGUCUGAGGCAGUUCAUAAUCUUCAGCAGGCCAUUAGAGGGUAUCCUACAUCUGCAGAUUUAUGGGAAGCUUUAGGUCUUGCAUAUCAGCGAUUGAGCAUGUUCACAGCAGCUAUUAAGUCAUAUGGUCGAGCUAUUGAGUUGGAGGAGUCACGAGUUUUUGCAAUGGUUGAGAGUGGAUAUGUCUUCUUGAUGCUUGGUUCACAUCGAAAGUUUCAGCAAGCUUUACAGAUAUCACCUGAAAAUGUAGCUGCACACUAUGGACUUGGGUGUGGGCUUCUUGAGUUAUCAAAGGAAUGUAUAAGUUCAGGUGCAUUUAGAUGGGGAGCUUCAAUAUUAGAGGAGGCAUCAAAAGUUGUUAAAACUGGUACUUUCUUGGCAAAAAAUGUUUCAUGCAUGUGGAAGUUGCAUGGUGAUAUUCAGCUUACAUAUGCGAAUUGCAUCCCAUGGAUUGAUGAAGACCAUGUGUUAGAAACAGAGAAAGCUUUGACUGAUUCCAUUCUUUCAUGGAAAAACGCGUGUUCUUCAGCUGCACUGAGUGCCAGGCGUUCAUAUCAACAUGCUCUACAUUUGGCUCCAUGGCAAGCUAACAUCUACACAGAUAUUGCCAUCACUAUAGAUGUCAUAAACUAUUUUAAGGAGGAAAAGAAACAUGAUCCUAUCCAAAAGCAAUUACCUGAGAAAAUGAUUUUAGGUGGUUUAUUACUCGAGAGCUCCAAUAAUGAAUUCUGGGUUGCAUUAGGAUGCUUAUCACAUCAUGUUGAGUUAAAGCAACAUGCUUUUAUCAGAUCAUUGCAGUUAGAUGUAUCAUUAGCUGUUGCAUGGGCAUAUCUUGGGAAGCUUUAUAGAAAACAAGGCGACAAGAAAUUGGCACAAAAUGCAUUUGAUCGUGCAAGGAGUAUUGAUCCUUCACUUGCAUUACCAUGGGCUGGCAUGUCAGCAGAUAUGUCCAUUAGGGCACUUAAGGCAGAUGAAGCUUAUGAUUGCUGUUUAAGAGCUGUUCAAAUACUACCUCUUCCAGAAUUUCAGAUGGGUCUUGCAAAGCUUGCUUUACAUUCUGGUGAACUUUCAUCUUCCGAGGUAUUUGGACCCAUAAGCCAGGCUUUGCAUCAUGCACCCCAGUAUCCAGAAUCUCACAAUCUUCUAGGGCUUGUUUGUGAGGCAAGAUGUGAUUAUCCAUCUGCUAUUACAUCUUAUAAGUUAGCACGUUAUGCACUCAACACUUCUUCUUGUGACACCUCAAAACUCCUUGAUAUAUCAAUUAAUUUGGCAAGGUCACUCUGUAAGGAUGGUAAAGCUUAUGAGGCAGUGCAAGAAUGCGAAGAACUAAAGAAAAAAGGUGUUCUGGAUUGGGAAGGUUUGCAUAUAUAUGCUUUAUCUUCAUGGAUACUUGGGAAGAAUGAUCAGGCUUUGUCUGUGGUGAGGAUUUUAGCUGCAGGUGUUAAAUCAUUGGAACCACAAAAGGCAUCCACCUCCAUAAGUUUUAUAUGCAGAUUGCUUUACUAUAUUUCUGGUCAAGAGGCAGUGAUGACAAGCAUUUUAAAAAUGCCAAAAGAUUUGUUUAAGAGUUCAAAAGUUAGUUUUGUGGUAUCUGCUAUUCAUGUUCUGGAUCAAAGCAAUCAGCUUGAGGCAGUUGUUUCAAGUAGCCGAUCUUCCCUCAUAAGUCAUGAUGAAAUUACUGGAAUGCAUUUUUUGAUAGUAUUAAGUAAAUUGGUGAAAAAUGGUUCAGAGCAUUGCUUGGGAAUUCAGAGUGGAAUUGAUCACCUUAGAAAAAUCCUCCAUAAGUACCCCAACAGUUAUUUUCUUAGGAAUGUUCUUGGUUAUCUCUUAAUAUCUAGUAAAGAACAAAAAGAUGCACACUUGUCUACCAGAUGCUUUACUGUAAGAAGCAGCCAAUCAGAGUGUCCAAAAGAAGAAGGUCUAAAAUGCGCACCUGAAAUCCUUGGUGCAAGUACAGUUGCUUGCUACACCAACAAUAAACACACCUUUCCCACCUGUAAAGACCAAUCUACCCCUCAACACGGAUCACUCAAACUAUUACAAAAGUGGUGGCAUCAAGAACCAUGGAAUAAAAAUGCAAGAUACCUUUUAAUCCUCAACUACAUUCAAAAAGCACGCGAAGAGAGAUACCCUCAACAUAUAAACACAGGACUCGAAAAGUUAAUUACUUUAGCUCUUUCAGACGAAUCCCUAUCCUGCCCCUAUCAAAAGUUCCAGCUGUCACUCUGUGCAUCUGAAAUAAGUUUACAAAGUGGGGACCACGUUAACUGCAUAAAACAUGCUAAAAACGCUUCAAAUCUUUCUAUCCCGGAUGACUAUCUCUUCUUUGCACACUUGCAAUUAUGUCGGGCAUAUGCUGCAGAAAACAACCAUGUCAGCUUACAUGAAGAGUACACAAAAUGUUUAAAUUUGAGAACCGAUUAUCAUAUCGGAUUAAUCUGCCUCAAAUACAUCGAAUGUCAAUAUGGUCUACUAGGAGAUGAGAAUAUAAACAUAAUCGAAUUGAGAUUUGAAGAAUGUUCAAAAGAUAUAAAAUAUUCAUGGAAUGUAUGGACAGCUGUAUGGAAAAUGGUCCAGGGGUUGAUUUCGGUGUCAAAUCGCGAUUUUGUUGCUGCAGAAGAGUUUUUUGCAUAUGCGUGUUCUUUAAACGGUUCUGAAAGCUGUUUGUUUUUGUGUCAUGGUGCUAUUUGUAUGGAACUUGCGAGACAACAAUGCAACUCGGAUUUCUUGCUGCUUGCUGUUGGGAGUUUGAAGAAAGCUAGAGACAAUUGUUACACAAGUUUACCUAUUUUGCAACUUUUAUUAGGGCAAGCAGAAGCAAGUCUUGGAUAUAAAGGGCAAUGGAGUCAAUAUCUUAAGUUUGAAUGGUCAUCUUGGCCUCCAGAGAUGAGGCCGGGGGAGAUUUUUCUUCAUAUGCAUUUGGUUUCAAAACAGUUGCAAGAAGGUGGCUACUCUGCAUCGAGAACAAUACAUGUUGCAGGUAUUUGUUAUGCAAACCUGUUCACUCGUUCAAAACUGGCCGGAUUAACCACCGCGGUUGCAGAUUUUAGAUGGAAACUGGAGGCAAUUCCUUAGCAUCUGGGCCAGAUGGGGUGAAGAGAAAGGUGUACUACUUCUAUGACCCAGAGGUCGGAAAUUACUAUUAUGGACAAGGUCACCCAAUGAAGCCACACAGAAUUCGCAUGACACAUGCUCUGUUAGCCCACUAUGGUUUACUUCAAAACAUGCAUGUUGUAAAGCCUGUUCCAGCUAGAGACAAAGAUCUUUGCAGGUUUCAUGCUGAUGACUACGUUUCUUUUCUAAGAGGCAUCACCCCAGAAACACAGCAAGAUCAAUUAAGACAACUAAAAAGGUUCAAUGUUGGUGAAGAUUGCCCUGUGUUUGAUGGUCUAUACUCCUUCUGUCAAACCUAUGCAGGUGGCUCUGUUGGAGGAGCAGUGAAAUUAAACCAUGAGUACUGUGAUAUAGCUAUAAACUGGGCAGGUGGACUUCAUCAUGCUAAAAAAUGUGAAGCUUCUGGUUUUUGCUAUGUCAAUGACAUUGUCUUAUCAAUUCUUGAACUUCUGAAAGUGCACCAACGUGUGCUGUAUGUAGAUAUUGACAUUCAUCAUGGUGAUGGUGUAGAGGAAGCUUUUUACACUACUGAUAGAGUCAUGACUGUUUCUUUCCACAAAUUUGGUGAUUAUUUCCCAGGGACAGGGGAUAUAAGAGAUAUUGGGUAUUCAAAGGGAAAGUAUUACUCGCUGAAUGUCCCUCUUGAUGAUGGAAUUGAUGAUGAAAGCUAUCAGUCCUUGUUUAAGCCAAUAAUUGGUAAAGUAAUGGAAGUGUUCAGACCUGGUGCUGUUGUGUUACAAUGUGGUGCAGAUUCUUUAUCAGGAGAUAGAUUGGGUUGUUUUAAUUUAUCAAUUAAAGGGCAUGCUGAAUGUGUGAAGUAUAUGAGAUCUUUUAAUGUGCCUUUAUUGUUACUCGGUGGUGGAGGGUAUACAAUACGCAAUGUUGCUAGAUGCUGGUGCUAUGAGACAGGAGUUGCACUUGGGGUUGAGUUAGAAGAUAAGAUGCCUCAACAUGAGUAUUAUGAGUACUUUGGUCCUGAUUAUACUCUUCAUGUUGCUCCAAGUAAUAUGGAAAAUAAGAACUCUCGCCAGCUGUUAGAUGAAAUUCGCUCAAAGCUUCUAGAUAAUCUCUCUAAACUACAGCAUGCGCCAAGUGUCCAGUUUCAAGAGCGCCCACCUGAUACAGAAUUCCCAGAGGCAGAUGAAGAUCAAGAGGAUGACGAUCGAAGAUCAGAUGAUUCUGAUGUUGAUGAAAAUAACGAGGGUAAGCCUUUCCUUGGACGUGUGAAAAGGGAACUCCAUGAUAUUGAGUCCAAGGACAUGGAUGAUGUGAAAGAAGGUGAACGAGCUAAUAGAGAGAUGGAUGCCUCAUUUGCUGAAAUAUCCAUAAAGGGUUCAAAUUCAGUAUCAGCACCUGCAGAUGUGAAACAAGAACAAGGAAACUCAAACAAGCCGGAUCAGCCUUCUACUGCUGAGAUGAAUUUAUAGUGUAUGAUGAUGUCAAUGUCAUGUUUUGACUUUAAUUUUUAUGAAUCUAUUUUAAAUUUGUGUUGAGGAUUGGUGUAUUAUGUUGUACAAAACUGACUGGAACAUGUGCACAAGGUUGGUAAGUUAAAAAGAUGAGUAGAUGAAAUUAAAUGACAAAUGUUUUAUUAUCAUUUUUGGUAUUGACUAUCCUGAUGAGGGUAUGAUUUACCUUUAAAAUUAUGACAAGA